CGGAUGAAGCGCCGGGCGCGCGCACGCUCCUUCGAGUUUUAACGGUCGCGAGAGGCCAGUCUCCUUACCCUGACUGCUGUGGAAGCGGCGGUCAGACUCUUGGAAGUUUAGGAUAUUUUAGAGUUUUGAAUGUUAGCUACUGAAAAUGCUGCUAACAAUGAAGUGUCUGAAGAUGACUCGGAUUCGUCCUCAAACAGGAAGACCAGGCUGCCUGCCACCCAGGGGACAGUGAAAGUCUUAGCUUCUUUCAUGCAAGAGCUACAGAACGGCGGGAAGACUGAUUCAGAGCUCUGGAAAAACUGUGAGACCAGGUGGUUACAGUUGUUCAAUUUGGUGGAAAAACAAUGCCAGGAACAGAUAACUGCCCAGCAGGAACAGUUCCACAACCAGAUUCAACGUGUACAGGAGGAGAUAAGAAAGUUAAUCAAAUUACAAAUCAGUAAUUCUUCGUGGACUUUCUGUGAUACUGGUGCUUCCAGCAAACACAUAUUUUCAGAAAGUCCAAUGGGUUUUUUUUCUGAAAACAGUGAAAGAAAUGAAUGUGUCACUGGUUACCCUGAGUCUAAGGAAGCCGAGAUGCAGCGUGGAGGGGCCGCACCACAGCCGGCCUGCAGUGUGGAUGGCAGUUCCGUGAGCAGCGGUUACGGUACCUUCUGUGUCGCAGAGCUGAGCCCCCACAGGCCUAGAGACCGGGCAGCGUGCAGGGAGCACCACGCAGGCCUGGCCAGGAGGCAGGGUGCAGGGCCUGGGGCCCAGGCGGGCUCCCCUGGGGAGAGCCCGGGGCACAGCAGUGUCUGGGCCCCGGCUCCUGAAGAGCUUCGCACCUCUUCAGAGGAUGAUGCUAACGCUUUUCCUGGUGAGCUGGAGCAUAAUUUUCUUAGUGAAAAUAAGAUUUCUGAAGUAUACGGUGGAAAAACAAAUAGUAAGUCCGUGACAACUUGGGCACAAAAACUGAAGCAGAACCAGUCACAGAGAGUACAUGCAGAAGAUGGAUGUCCCCGGGCUAAGGCAGCUGAGGAGCAGAACAGAAAACCCCCUGCGGAGAAAUCUGAUUUUGCUGCUGCUGGGCAUCCUCAUGCUUUUUACCUUAGUAAACCAGAAGAAAGUCCAAGUUCUUGGAUGUCUGAUUCCGGAACAGGGCUGACUUACUGGAAGCUGGAAGAGAAGGACAUGUAUCACUCUUUGCCCAAGACACUGGAGAAAUCGCUUGUGUGGUCGUCCUCUGCAGUAAGGUCACCAAGUGAGGUACUGACUCUGGAUCCAGCCUUGCACACGAAGCCACAUCAGCAGGGUUCAGAAACCCAGCCACAUGGCUUUCUGAGCCCUCUUGGUGACAGACUGUCCUUCUCACCAGACUCUGUCCUGGAACCAACUAUAUCAAGUCACUCUGACAUCGACUCCUUUUCACAAGCAAGUAAUGUCACUUCUCAGUUGCCCGGGUUCCCAAAACACCCUUCACACACGAAGGCUUCACCCGUGGACUCUUGGAAGACCCGUGCGUUCCAAAACGAAAGCAGGAGCAGUUCCCCGUUCCCUUCAGUGUGUACUCUCACUAGCAAUGACGUCUCCGUCAACACUGUAGGUGAAGAAAACACUGUCGCAGCAGCAGCUUCAGCCUCGGUCAGUCAGUCCCAGCUUCCAGGUACAGCCAACAGUGUCCCAGAAUGCAUUUCAUUGACUUCUCUGGAAGAUCCUGUGAUAUUGUCUAACAGGAUUAGGCAGAACCUGAAGGAAAAGCAUGCUCGACACGUAGCAGAUCUUCGUGCUUAUUAUGAAUCUGAAAUAAAUAGUUUGAAACAGAAGCUGGAGGCAAAAGAAACUUCUGCCGUUGAAGAGUUCAAGAAAACCAAUGAAAUUCUUAGAGAUAGGUGUAGCCAGCUAGACAAUGCUUUGAUUGAAGCUACUAGCCAUGUGAGGACCUUGGAAAACAAGAAUAACUUACUGGAAAUAGAAGUGAAUGAUUUGAGAGAACGCUUCAGUGCAGCCAGCAGUACCUCCAAAAUUUUACAGGAACGAAUUGAGGAAAUGAGAACAAGCAAUAAAGAAAAAGACAGUACCAUCAUUCGACUAAAAUCUAGACUGCAAGAUUUAGAAGAAGCAUUUGAGAACGCUUACAAACUCUCAGAUGAUAAAGAAGCUAGGCUAAAACAAGAAAGCAAAAUGUUUCAAGAUCUCUUGGGAGAGUAUGAGUCUCUGGGGAAAGAGCACGGACAAGUGAAGGAUGCACUAAACAUAACCGAAAACAAACUGCUUGAUGCCCAUACUCAGAUUUCUGACUUGAAAAGAACAAUUUCAAAACUUGAAGCUCAAGUGAAGCAAGUGGAACAUGAAAAUAUGUUAAGUCUGCGUCAUAAUUCUAGCACUCACGUGAGACCCUCGUGUGCCAACCCGCUAGCAACCUCGGACGUCAGCAGGCGGAAGUGGCUGAUCCCGGGCGCACAGUACUCCAUCUUCACCGGCCAGCCGCUGGCCACCAGCGAUGGGAAGGUGGAGGAGCCUCGGAAGGGGACUCCAGGUCCUGGGUGCCAUUCUCCUCUGGAGAAGGAUUUUUCCCCUGGAAGUUCACUGACAAGCUUAAUAAUAAAUAAACAAACAGAGACUCCAGACACCCCGAUCAUGAAAGCUUUAAAAGAACUUGAUGAAGAAAGAAUAUUUAAAAAUUGGGGGACACAGACAGAGGAAGCGAAUACCUCAAGUAAAUUAGUGAAUCCUCGGCAGACUGAAUCUUCAGUCAACCCGAGUCGUACCCCAGAGAAGUGGGCCCAGCAGAGACAGAAGAGGCAGAAUUCUGCUGCCCAGAGAUCGUCGUCUUUGCCACCUUCGAAUCGCAAGUCCUGUGUUCCAACAAAAAGAGAGAUUAUGUUAACACCUGUGACCAUGGCUUACAGUCCAAAGCGAUCCCCGAAAGAAAAUUUGUCUCCAGGAUUUAGUCAUCUACUUAGCAAAAAUGAAAGCAGUCCAAUUCGAUUUGAUAUGCUUUUGGAUGAUCUAGAUACUGUCCCUGUGUCUGCAUUGCAACAGCCCAGCCCAAGAAAGCAGCUCCAGUUUCUUCCUCUGGCUGACCCAGAAGAAGAAAGUAUUUUAGAAAAGGCCAUCGACAGCUGUGCUAGUCAUGGCUCUGGCCCCGUGCCCUGGCCGAAUGGAGGGAAGCCAAUUUCUGCGCGAGCAGCCCUGGAGAAGAGUAAAUCGGUCAGCCCUGAGCAGGGCAAGCCUGCUUCAGGAACACCACAGGGUCAUGAUUUUGAAUAUACAGCAAAAAUUAGGACCCUAGCUGAAACAGAGCGAUUUUUUGAUGAGCUUACCAAAGAAAAAGACCAGAUCGAGGCAGCCCUAAGCCGAAUGCCGUCUCCUGGAGGAAGAGUCACCCUGCAGAUGAGACUGAACCAGGAAGCCCUGGAAGAUCGUUUGGAAAGGAUCAAUCGGGAACUGGGUUCAGUCCGCAUGACACUAAAGAAGUUUCAUGUGCUGCGCACCUCUGCAAAUCUUUGAGAUUUGCAGCCAUUAAAUUUGGAACAUUUUUGUUUGCACUGAUGUGUAAUUAUGCACUCAGAAAACGCAGUCUAUUUUGUACUGUUUAUAAGUCUGGAGACAGUAGUUUUACAAUCAUGCUUUUCUUACACUUGCUAUUUUAUACUUCAAAUGACCACAUAUUUUUAAGAUAUUUUUGUUAUGCUCAGGAACCUACUGUAUAUUUUACUAUUUAAAAAGCAUUAUUUUAAAAUAACAUAUGUCCUUACUUUAUAUCAAGCAUAAGGAAAUAUAAACAGGGAAGGCAGCUUGUUUCUAAACAAAUAGUGUUACUCUUUUACAGUAAACUUUGCACACUGGUUUUAUAAACUUGUUCUACACUGUAAAUAUAAUUAAUUUUUAAAAAGUAAGUGCUAACGGCUUCCAUAAGAGAAACUAAGAAUGCUGUAUAUGGGAAGCAUAGCACACAGUGGAUCUCAGUUGUGUGAUGUUUUGGAAAACUGGCAGUGCAGGCAAGUACCGCAGCAUAAGCUGUGAUGCUAAUGUGCGGGAUGGUGGAGUUUGAGGCCAGCCUGGGCUAUACAGUGAGACUCUGUCUCAAAAAUAAAAUGCAUUUCCUAUUUGAAAUGGAAGUCUUAGAGUGAGUAUCAAAAUAGUUAUACUGGAGUAUUGAAAAGCUUUGAAAACUAUAUCAACGUAACUGUUUUUCUAAAACUUCAUAAGGAAAGAAAAAAGUAAAGGAGAGAAAUGUAACUAAUUUUAUCUUAACUUGUAGAAUUAAGCCAUUGGGGAGCUGUGGCUUUCAGCCCAUUGUUGUAAAUGAAUUUGUAUCUCACCCUAGACAAGCAGUGGGCGAAUGCAUGGGUCUUUGAUGAAAUGCAGGCCGCACCCAGAGCCUCUCUGGUUUCCUUAAAGCACAUGGCUUCAGUGCCAAUUGAAGUUGUCAGCCAGUCAUUUUCACCUGCACUUACUUCCUCCACUCCUGCCAAAAAGGAAAAUAAAUACUUAUGUGGUUGAUGCUCUAAGAACCCUCGGUUCAGGUCCGGAACUAUCUGCUCUGCCAGUUUGUGGACAGGGCCAGUGUCUAGAUGAGAGCCCGGUGCCGCUUCUGGGUCUUGGUGGAGGGCUACAGCAUGGGCUUCUACAGCGCAGCCUGGCUCUGUGGGGCUGGAGGCAUUGCUGUACCCCGGAGCACAGUGGUUCCUGUGGGAACGGCCACCCCACUUCGCCUUCCACGUUUUGGUGGCCAGUGUGAACCCAGUGCCCACACCCUUAAGCUUGGCGUGUGCUCUAGAUAGACUCCACCUUGACUCUCAAAAUUCAUUCCCACUGACAAUGCUCUUUGAGAUUUUUUUCCUUCUGUUGCUUUUAGUAAUAGUUCUAGGAAACCAAGUCUGCCCAGCUAUUCCGUUAGGGUGUGAAGAUUGCCUUUGAGGAGGGUCUCAGAUGACCUUUGAGCAUCUGUCACCAAAGCUUUGCCUGGCUGAUCUCCAGGCCUGAGGCCUAGGGCCCCACUCCCUUCUCGUGUCUGGGGCUUCCAUUGUGGGGGAGGGGAGAGACCUGGAACAGAACAACUGAACCCCCGUGCUCAUCUGCAACCAGGUGAGGAGCCAGCUAAUCCAAAUUACUUAUCAACAAUCAAGUUCUUCAUUCUUGAGUUUUUUUCCCCUAGCCUCUUUUUAAAAUAUCUCCUACUUACGGUGAAGAAAAAGUUCAUUUUAACCAAGCUGUGCACAGCUUGUGUCUAGGCCAAGUAAAGGGGUGGACUUUGCAGGUGAUGGUCCUUUCUUUCCAGUGUACUGGUGCGUGUCAGGCUGUGCCAUUGUUCUCCACUUUCUGGUAAAGUUGGCUCCAUUCUUACGAAUAAGAAAGUUGCCAUUUCAGAAGAGAUGAUAGUUUUAUUUUGCCAAGGAAUUAUCUUCUUAGAAGCCUAUAAUUGGCUUAUUCCAAAAAAGGCAGUAAGCUCCAUCAAAACAUCUUCCGUGCCUCUCAGAAAGCAUAUGCUUUGAUUUUUCCAAGUAAUAGGUUGAAGCUAUCACUUUCUUAAUUAAAAAAAAUUUUAAGUCCUUCCUAGUUGUGAAGAAGGAAACCAAGGAACAUGCCUGCAAGUGGUCUUCCCCCCGUAAUGCUUACCUCUCAAAUGAGAAACGGCCAGCCUCCAAAGCGGGGAAGGCGGCCGUCUGCCUGAAGAGCAUCUGGUGCCCAGGGAGGUAAACCUGUCUGCUGGAGCUGUGCUCAGUUAGUAAACGUCCCCGGUGAAUCCUCCACUUGUGGGAAGUGCCUUUUACAAUACAGAUGGAAAGUGAACUCUCCUGUUGUCUUCCUGUGCUCCCUGCUCCCCGUGAUGAACCUUUAUAGUCACUGCUGGGUAGGGCUGAGGGUGGGGAGACAGGAGACUUGGAGCAAACAGACCUGGGUCACAGCCCAGGCAGAUCUGCCUUCCUCCUCUGGGAGUGAGAAGACCAAGCCAUAGGGAGAGAUUCCUAUCAUUCCUUUCAUUACCGACAGGAGAUGAUUAUGGCCAGCAGCCUUGUGUAAUAGUGCAUUUUUGAUUCAUUACGUGUUAAGUGGUUUUUGAGAUGGUGAUUUCUUUUAAAAAUAGAAAAGGAUUGUGUCCCAAGCAGUUGACCUAAAAACCACCUUGGGUUGGCAGUUCUGUCAUGUAGCCUAAGAUAUUCUCUCUACUCUGCGUAAAAUCAUAGAUUUUCUUGGAGUUUAAGAGUUUUUUUUUAAUGUGAGGUUGUUUUUUUUUUUUUUUAAUGACCAAAAUUUUAAAAGUAGGGCCGGGGAUUUAGCUCAGAGGCAUAAGCCUGCCUGGCAAAGCACAUAGUCCUGAGUUCGAUCCCCAGUACCAAAACAAAACAAAACCCAAAAUUUAAAAAGUAGGUAAACUGUCAACUAUAAGUUUGGAAAACACGUUGAUCUUAAAGUUGGUGAUUUGGGAGUUGAUACAGACUACUACUAAAAGCUGUUUGCCAGUAUAGUUAAAAACAAUCUUUCCUUCAUGUGUUCCAUAAGUAGAGCUCUCAUGAUUCCUGUGCCCACCCCUGAGCCCUAGAAGACUCACAUAGAGAUUGAUAACCAACCUGAGAGCUGUCCCCUUUUUAACCCAGAAAAGAGAGGCGCUUUGCUGAAUGCUAUUUAAAUUCUGAAUCCUGGGGCUGAGGAUUUAGCUCAGUGGCGCAUAAGCACCUGCCUUGCAAGCAGGCAGUUGUGAGUUCGAUCCCCAGUACCCGUAAAAACGAAAAAGAAAAAAAAAAAAAAAAAAAAUUCUGAACCCUGCAACAGUGUAUGUAGUAAAAUUAGACUUUGCCAUUUUAAGUUUUAGAGCAGUUUUAAUAAAAAUUUUAGUUUCCACUUGUGCUGCAAGUCUUUUAAGAACCCUUAAAAAAUAAAUCUGCACCUGGAGCCCUUCAGGAAUCGCAAAGGUAAAUCAUACUUAGGGCCUGAAUGAGUCAUGUAGAGUUACGAGAUUUGUAGCUCUGGGUAAUUUGGUUAUAUUGCACAGAAUAUGCCAGAAGUAAUUUCCUGCCCUGCCAAGAGCUCUGUGAUUUGAUAAUACAUUAAACUACACCAGUAUUCUCUUUCUGUUUGGUUUGUGCUGUAUUUCCCCAGGGUCCUCAGUUAUAUGAGGAAUCAAGCCGUACAUCUGUAUUUGCUAGCCAUUAUCAUGUCAUCUCUGGCCUACAGAUUUCAAAGAUGAUUUUGUUUUAUUCAUAUUAAUUCAGUCUAACCAUGACCAGUAAUGUGAAAGAACUGCUUUCUACAGUGUUGCUGAUGGUUAGACAAAGACCAGUGCCCUUGCAGUUUUUAAUGUAGUCAAAUAUUGGAGUGACGCCACUGUAAGCUCCAGGAGCGGAAGGGCCAUUUCAUCAUCUUCAUUCUCACUUCUAGGCGCUCAAUAAAUCUUUGUGGAUACCAACCA